AUGCAAAGGCUUGUAAGAAUACAAGAAAAAAAAUUUUUUGCUGUGGAGCAAAUUUGUGAUGUCACACAUAAAUCAAUGUUACUUGCAAAUUGUCAUUUUGUUGGAUAUAUGGAAGAAUUGGGUGGAUUACCUACAUCAGUUUUGAAACAACUAAAGAUAACAUAUAGUGUGUGUUUAGUUCUUUGCCCCGUCGACUUUAAUGUUACUAAAGUUGCUGGUAUCUGGAAUGCUCUAUCAUCAUCAGCAGAAAAUUCCACUGCUGAUAGAGAGAAAUAUAUCAAAAGGUUGGCUAUGAUGAUUGAGCUGGUGGAUCUCCUGACUAGCCAAAACCAAUUGAAAAAAAUAGCAAUGACAAUUGCUGAUAAUAUUAAUCUUGGACUUACUCCUGUAACUGACAAAAAGACAAGUUUUACAUCAAAUUGA